UGUAAGUUUGACGUUUGGCACAUGGUACGCCUCUAACCUCAAUUUUGUCACAUUUUUAAUUUAAAUACCUGUGUUAUCAAAUAAAACAAUUUAAAAAAAUGGAUAGUCUCUCGUCGUUAACGGGUGCACAAAAAGAUGAACUCAUGGAUAAUGUUAAACAACAAAUUGCAGUAGCCAAUGCCCAAGAACUUCUUACAAAAAUGACUGAAAAGUGCUUUAAAAAGUGUAUUUCAAAGCCCGGAACAUCAUUGGAUAGUUCAGAGCAAAAAUGUGUAGCCAUGUGUAUGGAUAGGUAUAUGGAUUCUUGGAAUUUGGUAUCAAAGGCUUAUAGUAUGAGGAUCCAAAGAGAAAGAGGAAAUAUGUAAAUAAUUGUGAAUAUUAGAAAAUAAAUUAUUGUUAGUAAAAAAA